CUUCUUCCAUUUUCCAUUUGCGGCAUCUCCGAAUAAUUCUUUCGCAUCUUUUCUAUAUUUCCAUUUUCUUCCAUUUUUUCUCUAGGUAUAUUAAGGUUUUGCACCACCGCUUCAAUUUUCACCGAUUUUUCACUAUGUCUUCUUCACUUGUAAAGAUUGUAAAGAUCCAAGACCAACACCACCUCCCCAAAGAUCUUCGUAAUCUCUCAAUCAAAGAUCUGGGUGAAAAGGUGAGUGAAGAAGAAGAGAAUCAUCCUGUAGGAUUUGGAAAGCAUGGCGGAAUAUGCGCAAUUUGCUUAGAGGUGAUAGUGCUACAAGAAACUGCUCUUGUAAAAGGUUGCGAGCAUGCUUACUGUGUAACAUGCAUCCUUCAUUGGGCCACAUACAGUAAGAAAGUUACCUGCCCUCAGUGCAAACAUCCAUUUGAGUUCCUUGCUGUUCAUCGCACUCUUGAUGGAAGUAUUCAAGAUUACAUGUUUGAUGAAAGUGUUUGCCUACUACUUCGGGCCAAGUGGUUCAAGCCUUUAACUGUUGAAGAGUGUGCAGUUGUUGAAGAAGAUAUCUAUGAAGAGAUAGAAGACUAUUAUAAUCAGUAUGAAGAAGCUGACGACGAUCUAGAUGACGACGAGGCUUAUUAUGGUGCUUCAGCAAAUGUACGGCUUGGCAACCGUAGAUGGGGAGACAACGGUUUUGUAAGGGCUGGGCGUCAAGAAGCCAGGCCAGUCCAUCGACCAAGCUUCCAUGAUUCAGGAGCAAGUUCAUCUCAGGAGCCAAAGAAGAAAGAACAAGAGUGUCCAAAAGUUAUGACAGGGAGACGGGCAAAGAGGGCACUGAAAAGGGAAGCUGCUAAUAAGGCAGCUGAAGCCAAGCACCAGAAGCAUUUGGAUAGGUUGGGUAGGAACUAGGAAGUGAUUCUAAUUUAAUUAUGUCAACCGAAGCCUCCUUCCCUGAAGAUAUAUUUUUUCUUUUUUCUUCAUUUACAUAUUUUUUGUACAGUGUUUCUGUGGUCUGAAGCAUCUGAUAGAUCGCAGGGGAAGCUGUUUUUUAGAAUAAUGGCUUGGUUGAUGCAAUCCUUAACUCACUGUAUCAUUGAGCGAUUUAGGUUUUCAAUAAGUAGUCAAUACAUCUCUUAGUUGUACAUAAUUUCCCUGGGAUGAUGAUCUUGUACCUUCUUGAUGCUGAUAUCUUGUAUUUUUUUUUCAAAGUUAAGCAUUGAAAUAAAGAGAACUCUUAUUGUGGAGAUACCAAA